CCUAUACUACAACAACAUGAGCAACCGCCACCCAGACGAGCAGAGCUCAGGACAAUGGGCGAAUGCUCAGACGUCGAGGCCGUACGAAGAAUGGUCCCAAACUUCCACGAGACAUGACAGACAACUCUCAGGAACCACUCAGCAUCCUGAUGCUGUGCAGAGCCAAUCUCAUGACCCGGAUGAUGACCCCAUGAAGUUGAAGAAAUGGUCGACAAGACCAGGUGACCAUGUUGAGCAUACCGGUGUACAUGGCGACGCAGGUGGUGCACCCUUGGACAUCCACACAACCACAUCAUCGUCUCAAGGCUUGCAAUUUACCAGAUCAAGACUGUUAGGUCUUCAUCCACACGCACCAAUUGCAGAGGAACAUGACGCGACAGAAUACUCCAGCUUGUGGUGGAGUAAAGUGCGAUUAGCAUUGCGAGAGCCUUUCGCAGAGUUCUUUGGUGUUAUGAUCCUCGUUCUGUUUGGCGAUGGCUCAGUAGCUCAAGUGCUUUUGGGUGCUGGCGACAAAACAGCCCCUGGCGGAGACGGUUACGGAAAUUACCAAUCCAUUUCAUGGGGAUGGGCAGUCCCUUCUCUGUAUAAGUCGCUGACGAUGAUCACAGUNAUCGGAGUGAUGCUAGGCGUCUAUGUCGCGGGAGACUCAGGGGCGUAUUUGAACCCGGCAAUUACCUUUACCAACUGCCUUCUCCGCAAGCUUCCAUGGCGAAGAUUCCCUGUGUACUUUCUGGCGCAGUUUCUCGGAGGUCUAGUCGCUGCUGGCAUCAUAUACGCCAACUAUGUCAACGACAUAAAUGCUUUCGAGGGUCAUGGCAUCAGAACGGUUCCUCCAAGCCCGACGGCAACAGCAGGAAUCUUNUGCACAUACCCCAAGGCGUAUAUGACGAAGGCUAGCAUGUUCUUUUCCGAGUUCAUCGCCAGCACCAUCCUAAUGUUUGUCAUCUUUGCUCUCAAAGACGAUACGAACAACGGAGUAUCACAAGGCGGUGGCAACUGGUUUCCUCUGGGUCUGUUCUUCUUGAUCUUUGGAAUUGGUGCAUGCUUCGGUGUCGAGACAGGAUAUGCCAUCAACCUGGCUCGUGACUUUGGACCACGUUUGAUGAGCUACGCGCUCGGUUACGGGCAUGAGGUGUGGAGUGCCGGAGGAUAUUACUUCUGGAUACCAAUGGUGGCUCCUUUCUGUGGCUGCGUAUUUGGGGGACUCUUGUAUGAUGCCUUCAUCUAUACUGGACCUAGCCCGCUGAAUACGGAGUGGCUAGGCUUAAAGGACGUAAUGCACCCUCGCCAGGCAAUUCAGGAGAGGAUCCGGGUGCAGAAGAAGGAGGGAAUCGUU